AUGCUGUUACAAGAGCAAUAUGAAGACAAGGUCUUUGUGGAUGGAGUAUCAGAUCGUAUGGCCGUUCGAUCUGGUGUGCUGUAUCAGUGUAUUUGUCCUGGAUCUGAUACGGCGUAUACGCAGAGCGAAACGCUUAAUUUACGAUCUGGCUCCAAUGUUCUGCAUGGGGCUGAUAGAAGUGGCUAUUGCCACAAUACGAGCGCAAGAAUCUUACUUGUUCUACAACAUCGUCACUUCGGUGUCCGAUGCUCUCGGAAUGUUGAAUGCAGCGAUUCGGAGCUCAGCAAUGUCAGCCAACAUGCCUGCGUGGUACAUAUUUUGUUUAGCUCCUCCCAAGACAUACUUCACACUGUCCAUCUUCAGUGUGUUCAUGACGAUUUUAGACGUUACCUUGAUAUUAGACUAUAUGGACCCAGUGUGAUACAAAUAUUAACGGUAUUUCUUAUUUAA